AUGGACCAAAAUGACCCCGUUAAACAACCAUUGAUUCCCCAGGAGGAAGAUAUGGUCCAUGGGGAUUCGGCAUUAGCCAUCAUUGGCAAUAGGCGCAUCCAGGUCACCGAAGAAGAUAUCCUCGACAAAACGGUUUUAGGCUAUGGAGCCAUUUUCGGGCUCAUCGAAGAUACACAUCUCACAGGGAACCAAUAUUCCCUAAUUGGCUCCAUUGGGCCUAUCGCCCAGCUAGCAUGGCAACCAUUCUCAAUGAUCUUAAUCGUCAAGGUACCCCACCGUGUUCUAAUGCCAACUCUGGUUCUGGGGUGGGGACUGGCACAAGCUGCGAUGGGGGUCUGUCAGAAUUAUGGCGGCUUGCUUGCCACUCGAUUCUUUUUGGGCCUCUUCGAAGCUGGAUGCCUUCCACUUUUUAGCGUCAUUACUAGUCAAUGGUACCGCAGAGCCGAACAACCCAUUCGAGUCGCAGCUUGGUACGGUACGAACGGUGCUGCUACUAUUGUCGCCUCAGCAUUGUCGUAUGGAUUAGGCCAUAUACCCACUGCCUCCAUUCAGUCAUGGAGAAUAAUAUUUAUCUUUGUCGGCCUGGUGACAAUCACCUCAGCUCCAUUCGUUUACUGGAAACUAGAUAAUGACAUCCCUUCUGCUCGCUUUCUAACCGAGUAUGAGCGUGAACAAGCCAUCGAGCGCUUGCGUGCCAACCAGACGGGGACGAGGGCGACAGAGUUUAGGUGGCCACAAGUCCUUGAAGCGCUUGGGGAAUUAAAAACGUAUUUGUGGAUUGCUAUGAGCCUCCUCCUCAACAUUGGAGCAGCAGUCACAAAUACAUUUGGUCCACUUAUCCUCAACGGCUUCGGAUACGACAAGUACAUAACGUCACUUCUAAACAUACCAUUCGGGGCUGUCCAAGUCGUUGUUAUUCUUCUGGCCUCGUUUUGUGCACAAAGAUUCCGAAGCAAAUCCUUCAUUUUGAUUCUCUUGAUACUUCCAGUCAUUACGGGGCUUGCAAUUUUAUAUGCUUUACCGCCAGACAGCUCACACAGCAUACUAGUGCUUGCUUAUUAUCUACUUGCGUUCAUUUUUGGUGGGAACCCACUCAUUGUUACCUGGAUUGUUGGAAACACUGGAGGAACGACUAAACAGUCUAUAAUCACUUCGCUUUACAACGCUGGUUCAUCAGCUGGAAACAUCAUCGGCCCGCUGCUCUUUGUUAAAGAAGAUGCGCCUCGCUAUAGAACUGGAUUGCGCUCGGUCCUAGGAUCUUUUAUUGCUCUUGCUGCUGUUGUCAUGGCUCAAGUGGCAAAUCUAGUUGUUCUCAAUAAACUACACCAACGAUCACGAACAGCAGAGGGGAAACAAGCGAAUAUUAAAGACGUAUCAAUGUGUGACCAAUAUGUCGAUUUCGAUGAUGAAAGCGAUGGACUCGAAUUUACUCCGCCUCACAAUCCUGAGGACGAAGAGCCUGCUAACUAUGCAGAAAGAACAGAGACAAACGUCUACAGCCUUGGAACUCCCAGCCCACGAUGCUAUCGAUCUAAUCUAUACUUUUAG